AAUACGAGACCUGUGACUGUGUGUGUGUGUGUGUACUGGGUAGCUAAAGUUCUUUGCUCCCGUCUAUCGUGAAGUAGUACAAUUUGCUGCGCCUUUGACAAGGAUUUUAUACCGCCGAAGAGGUUUAUAUAGGUCGAGACAUCUCCGCAGGUCGUAAGAGUUUAGCGGUAGUAGAGACGUCGACGAAGUGGUGACCGAGGAUGUCGGAACUGCUGAGCUCCGCGUGGAGCUACCUGAGUGGCAGCGGAGGUGGAGGGGAAGGAGGCUCGGGAGGUGCUCGUUUCGUGGGUCAGGAGGUGGACAUGGGUGGCGGGAAGGUGGUAAAAAUCAACGAGUCAUUGCGGAAGGUGGCUAUGGCUAUGUAUUUGUGGCUCAGGAUACUCAGUCAGGAAAAGAGUAUGCAUUGAAGAGACAAGUGGUAGCCAAGGAUAAUAUAAAAACUUUGAAGCAAGAGAUUGCCUUCUUGAAACAGUUGCGUGGUCAUCCUCACAUCAUCCAGCUGGUAGGGAGCAGCAGGCUCUCCGCCCUCACACACCUCCCAUGGCAACGCUGAGUUUGUCAUCCUGACCGAGCUCUGCUCAGGAGGUAAAAUGGAGGACAUAGUGAACUCAAUUCGACUGAGUCCUCGCCAUGUGCUGCGUGUGUUCUUCCAGACCUGCUCCGCGGUGGCCCACCUUCACUCACAGACUCCUCCCAUUAUUCACAGAGACCUCAAGGUUGAGAACCUGCUACUGACAACUGGAGGCUCCAUCAAACUGUGUGACUUUGGUAGUGCCACAACGGAGCACGUGGCCCCUGACCACUCCUGGACCGCCACCGAGAGAGGUCUCGCCGAUGAUGAGAUCCAGCAAAACACUACUCCGAUGUACAGAUCUCCCGAGAUGAUAGACCUCUACAGCAACCAUCCCAUCUGUGAAAUGGCCGACAUCUGGGCUCUGGGCUGUCUCCUGUACAAACUGUGCUAUCGAGAGCAUCCGUUUGAAGACUCGGCCAAGCUGAGGAUUCUCAGUGCCAACUACAAGCUGCCCUCCGACGACACAACUCACCUCAUGUUCCACAGCAUCAUUCGUGCUUGUCUUCAGGUGAACCCCGCUGAUAGACCAACAGUCGACUCCAUAGUAGCUCAGCUCUAUGCCAUGGCAGACAAAAUGCGGGAGAACCUCGACCAGCCCUCUACUGAACUUCUCACACUCACCAACUCAGCCCCUCAUACUUCAAACGGUAUAUUAUACUCUUUUUUAUCUACUCUAGUGCAUAAAAUGUAGUGCAGCGUACAUGUAGCUUAACUCAGCAGCAGGUAAAGUUUUCUUUCUCCUUUACACUUUAUUCGUGUUUAUAUACUUCUUCUUUCUUACUACAAAACUAAACCUCUUUUACAUCUUCCUUAAUCUGUGUCUCCUUCCUCUCUCUCUUCCUCUUUCCACUUUUGUCUUUACCUCCUCUCUCCUCCCCUCAGCCCCACCAACCAUCACCCAAGAGGUCGACCUGCAGACAGAUGAAGGGAACCCCAGUCAGGUCCACGCUGCACUACACUCCACCGGCCAACAAGCUCAGAAACUCUUUGGUAUCGUGAAGGGUGGUGCGGGUAACCUCUUCAAGAAGCUGAAAGACUCUUCUUCCACUGUCGUUCACCAAGUGGCAAAUGCAACACAAGGAUCUAAAAGACCCUCUCUAGAUAUUGCCUACAUUACCUCCAGGAUUCUGGCCAUGUCGUUUCCUCACGAGGACAGCCACCAUGCCAACAGUCUGUGGGAGGUGAGAGAGUUCCUGGAGACCAGACAUCCGUCACAGUACCUGGUGUUCAACCUGUCUGGACACGCCUACGACACGGCACAACUCAACAACCAGGUGGCAGACUUUGCGUGGCCUCACAAGCAGAUGCCAGACCUGGAGAAGCUGGUGAACCUCUGCAGAAACCUGGACUCUUGGCUGAGAGCUGACAAACAGAACGUCAUCGUUCUCCACUGCACCGACGGUCGUCUGGUCUCGGCUCUGGUAGUCACUGCCUACCUACUGUUCCUGAACGCCUUCACCAGCCCUCUCGUCCCGCUCAAACUGUUCACCUUCAAGAGAAGUCUCGACAUUCAAAUCAUCUCUCCCUCCCCUUCUCAACUCAGAUACCUGGGCUACAUCAUGGACCUGGUGGGAACCAAAGCCUACAAACCCCACUCAACCAGUGUCACCAUCACUGCCCUACAAAUGAGCUCUGUCCCUCUCUUCAAUGCCAUCAAGACAGGGUGCAAGCCGUUUGUGGAGGUAUUUCAGAACGGGGAGAGAGUGUUCACGUCCGCGUCCCACGACACCAUGGACCAGAUCCAGAGUUUCAGUUCCGAUUCGGGCGGAGUCCUGGUGCCACUGGGUACAAAGGUCAGAGGGAACGUGCAGGUUAUUAUUCAUCACAUCAGGGCCAUCCCCAUUGGCCGGAAGGCAAACCUGGGGAUGACGGCAGUGAGAAUGUUCCAAUUCCAGUUCCACACUGGGUUCGUCCCUCCCUCCAGCAACACACUCAACUUAGAGAGGCAUGAGCUGGACGGGAUAGUGUCCAAGAAGGAGGACAGGUUUCCGUCCCCGUUCCAGGUCCUGCUGGGACUGGAAUGGGACCAGAGUGGGGAGCCGUGCAGCCCGGGUAUCUCGUGGCAGAAUCUUCCUCACCCUACCUCCUCCCCUCUCCCUGCCUUCUCCUCUCUCCUCGAACAGGAGGAGAUAAUGAAACAGUUCUAUGCGCUGAAACCUCAGGGCUCAGAAGAAAUCCACCGUUUUCAUUUGUCUGCAGGUGACAUGAGCGUUGGAUCUCAGCUACCAAACGUGGCAUUCUACCCGCACCACCACCACCAACGGCAACAAGGGGGCUACCCUGAGAACCAGGGAACUGGGGGAAACGGAGGGAGACCUCCUCAAGAGCAGACACCAGAACCAGCUGCAACCACUACUACUGCCCCACAGCCUCCCCAGUCGGCCAAGGACUUCUUCUCUCGGCUGGACUGGCAAGGCGGGGAGUCGGGCUACACGGCAUUCGCAGGGGAAUCAGAGAGUGACAGCGACGAGAGCAGUAGUAGCUCAGAGGAGGAGGGGAACCAGGAGAUGUUUGGCCAGUCCCCCUUUGGCACGACUCACACCAACCACACCCCCAUGCCCCAGUUGAAUGGCAGCAGUACCAGUGGUGGAGGACUACCCCACACCACUGGCCCCACCCUCAUCAAGUUCGGUUCCGAAUCAGACUCCGACGGUGAUGACGAUAACGAACCGGGGCAACCCCAAUUCAGACCCCCUCCCCAAACCGCAAUCCCUGCCCCGCACCAGAAAUCUACAUUUGGCGACUUUGACCCCUGGGGUCCGACGGCGACGGCUCGCUCCAUGAACCUUCUUGACCUGGAGGAUAACCUGUCUCCUCCGUCAGACUCGGAGCAGUCAGAGGUGCGGACCGUGGGGACCGAGGCUUUCAAAAAGAAGUCGAGUUCACUCCGUUCCUCCCCCUCGCCGGCUCCCGGCACGUUCUCUAACCAGUUUGACCCGUUUGGUGGCAGUGGUCACAGAAACAGUGGAGGAAGUGGAGGAGAUAUGUUUGGAAAUCCGGGAGCUUUCGGCCACAGCGGGAGCUCAGAGAGUCUUCUGAAGCCGGCGCCUUCUUCGUCCUCACAGCACACCGGUGGCUCCUCGCUGCUCAGCCCAAACAUCGGAGGAAACAAUUUCCACUCGAGUGCCCCCAAUGUUUCCUCCCUAAGCGGUGGGAAUGGAGCCUUUUUUACCCCGACACUCUCCAAUAUCCCUCAAUCUCCGACCGCCAGUUCUCACGGCGGCAGAAGAUCAAUGUCGGCGCAGCAGGGUAACUCGGGGAUGACCCACGGUUUCUCUUCUGGUGGUAGAACUUCACCAUUUGGUGGCGGCCUGAAUCUCGUGUCGGGGAGUUCGGUUCUCGGACAUCACUCCCAGUCAACGGAACAUCUCCAGCAACAAAUGGGUGGACGCGGAGGAGGUGGAAUGCGGGGCAGUAAUCGGGGCGACCCGUUUGCCGAUCUGGGCAACGUAAAGGUGGGAGGGGGGCAGAGUCCAACCAAAUCGCCCUCAAAGCCACAUACAGCUCCUCUAGCCACGACCGGCAGACCUGGGUACCAGUACUACAACCAGAAACAGACAGCGGCGACGACGGCUCAGACGAGAGCAGCUGGCCAGACGAGCAAGAAACCAGGUGGAAGAGGCUCGGUGCAGUCAGGAGGGAAGACGUCCUACCAACCAAACUACUCCAGUAGUGUUCUGGGAGAUCGCAGAGAGAAGGGACCUCGCCCAAAGAUGGGUGUGCGUCAGCCCCUCAAGAAGGAUGAUUUCAGUGAUCUCCUGAGUUCUCAGGGAUUCAGCAAGCCAGCCCCGGGACCGAGGACUCUCAAAGACAUGAGGAAAGAGAGCGACAUUGAAGGUUCCAUUGACCCCGACAGAGCCAGGGUAAGGGACUGGGCGGAAGGGAAAGAGAGGAACAUCAGGGCACUCUUGAGCUCCCUCCACACCAUACUGUGGGAGGGAGAGCCUCGCUGGAGUGAGUGUGGCAUGCAACAACUGAUCCAGCCCGACCAGGUCAGGAAGAUGUUCCGCAAGGCCUGCCUCUCUGUCCACCCCGACAAGGCCCAAGACACAGAACAUGAGACACUGGCUCGUGCCAUUUUCGAUGAACUCAACGAUGCCUAUGCCAGAUUCGAAGAGAGUGGAGCCCAGCCAUUGUACUAGUGCAUCUCGCAAUCUCUGGCCACCCGAUUAUUUGUAGUCCUGAUCGUAUAUUAUACACUAUUAUGAUUAACUGUAAUCUUUUAUCACAUUGUUUUCAUGUGACACGAUACUUUGGUGGUGUGUGGCAGCAAGACAUUGACGGUUCUAAAUGGUAGGGAGGGGGUAUAUAUAUAUAGUACGUAAUGGGAGAAUGUGGGGACCAGGUCAUCCCUGUUAGUUGCAGCUAAAAUCAGUGUUGAUUCUCAAACAUAC